AUGAGCGAGCUCCUGAGCUCGUUCACCAACGACAUACUCUGCCGCGCGGUGGCAGGGAGGUCAUUUAGGGUGGAGGGCCGGAACAAGGUGCUCCGUGAGCUGAUCGAUGCCGGCAUGGCCGUCGUGGGGGGAUUCAACCUGGAGAACUUCUAUCCUCGUCUGGCAAAGGUAGCUGGCGGCGUGCUCACGUGGCCAGCACGCCAGAGUGCUGAGAGGCUGAGGUGUCGGUGGGACAACAUCUUUGAUGCUCUGAUUGAUGAGCACGCGAGAGAGAUGGCAGGUGCAGAUGGUGGCACAGACCUGCAAGAUAGUGACUUCAUACAUGUGCUCUUGUCCGUACAAGAAGAGUAUGGACUCACCAGAAACAGCAUCAAGGGUAUCCUAGCUGAUAUGUUUACAGCGGGCACUGACACGCCAUAUCUGGUCCUAGAGUUUGCCAUGGCUGAGCUCAUGCUGCAUCAAGAUGCUUUGGCCAAGCUACAAGCCGAGUCAUCAAAGAGACACUCCGCCUCCAUCAGCCAUCGCCGCUCCUUGUUCCACAUCUCCCUGGAGGAUUGUGAUGUGGACAACUACAUGUUUCCUGCUGGCACAACUGUAUUCAUCAACGCCUGGGCAAUUGGGCGUGACCCGAAGAUGUGGAAUGCCCCAGAAGAGUUCAUGCCAGAGAGGUUCAUAGACAGUAAGGGAGACAUAACUGGUGCGGACUUCAGAGGAAACGACUUCCAGUUUUUGCCAUUUGGGUCAGGGCGGAGGAUAUGCCCUGGGGUAAACUUUGCAUUGGCUUUGGUUGAGAUCAUGUUGGCAAACCUUGUAUAUCACUUUGACUGGGAGCUGCCUGAAGGUGUGCAUAAUGUUGAUAUGACCGAGGUGUUCGGGUUGGCAGUGCGUCGGAAAGAGAAGCUCCUCCUCAUCCCAAGGUUUCAUCCUCCCCCAUUACACAAGAGGAGUAGGUCACCUGGUGGGGAGUAA